AUGAGUCAUGUACAGGUGAGAGCACCUGGGAGCAGACGGACGGGCCCGAUCGAUUACGGGUUCGGCCGGACGGGGCUGGAGCUGGGUCGGCGCGGUUGGUGGCUUUCUCCUCGUCUCCUCUGCUACAAUACUAUCUCCGGAGUUAACGUCGACAAAGAGCGCAGCUCGCCGUCUCAUGUCUUGCGGUCGUACCGCUCUAUGGAACCUCACGUGAUCAAUUCAUACCUCCUAGUUGGUGUCGCCAUUCUACUGAUGAUGGCUGUGCUCGUCACAUUGUUGAAUCUUGCUCAGCCUCCACUACGCAGGCUUAUCAAGUACUACUUUCCUGGUGAACAAGACUACGAGAUUAUUGUAUAG